AAAAGCACGUUGAUCAGUCAGUCAUGGCGUGUCUAAAAAACUUAAUCAUAGCGAUUCUCCUCCUGGGUCUUCACUGCGCCCUUGGCAGUGCGGCGGCAGUGGAUCUGGACCCUGAGAGGGCCACCACCACCGCGAACACCACUCGCGAUUGGUGGCAGGUGGCGCAGUUCUACCAGAUCUACCCGCGCUCCUACAAGGACUCCAACGGCGACGGCAUCGGCGACCUGCAAGGCAUCAUCUCCAAGCUGGACUACCUGAAGGAGAUCGGAGUGACGGCCACCUGGCUGUCGCCCAUUUACAGCUCGCCCAUGGCGGACUUCGGCUACGACAUCUCCGACUUCUACGACAUUCAGCCGGAGUACGGAACCCUGGCCGAUUUCGAUGAGCUGAUUGUGGAGGCCAACAAGCGGAACAUCAAGAUCAUCCUGGACUUUGUGCCCAACCACUCGAGCGACGAGAACGUCUGGUUCCAGAAGUCGGUGAAGAGGGAGAAGGGCUACGAGGACUACUACAUGUGGCACGAUGGCUACGUGAACGCCACGGGGCAGAGGCAACCUCCUUCCAACUGGCUCCAGGCUUUCCGGGGAAGUGCCUGGGAGUGGAACGAUGAGCGCCAGCAGUACUACCUCCACCAGUUCGCUGUCAAGCAACCGGAUCUGAACUACCGCAAUCCGGCCGUGGUGGCCCAAAUGAAGAGGGUUCUAACCUACUGGUUGGACCGGGGAGUGGCUGGCUUCCGCAUGGACGCAGUGCCCUGGUGCUUCGAGGUCCUGCCCGACGCCGAAGGACGCUAUCCCGACGAGCCGCUGAGUGGCUACACGGACGACCCGGACGACUCCUCCUACCUGAAGCACAUCUACACCCAGGACCUGCGCGAAACGGUGGAGAUGGUGUUCCAGUGGCGCACGCUCCUCGACGACUACCAGCGAAUCCACGGCGGCGACACGCGAGUCAUCAUGGUGGAGACCUACUCGGGCCUGGACUACGUGAUGCAGUUCUACGGCAACCGCACCACCAAGGGCGCCCAGAUGCCCUUCAACUUCCAGUUCAUCAUUGGCGGAAACGGGGACAAGAACAACACGCAGCUCAGUGCCACGGGAUUCGUGAAGAUCAUCAACAGUUGGUUGAGCCAGAUGCCCGCCGGUCAGACAGCCAACUGGGUGAUGGGCAAUCAUGACCAGCGGCGAGUGGGCAGUCGCUAUGGGGAGAACCGCAUCGACUUGAUGAACAUGCUGCAGAUGUUCUUGCCCGGCGUGAGCAUCACCUACCAGGGUGAGGAGCUGGGCAUGACGGACCUGGACAUCAGCUGGGAGGACAGCCGGGACCCGGCGGCCUGCAACUCCAACUCGCAGAUCUACGAGCAGUUCACCCGCGAUCCCGCCAGGACCCCCUUCCAGUGGAGCGAUGAGGCCAACGCCGGGUUCUCGACCAACUCCACCACCUGGCUGCCGAUCAACCCGAACUACGUGACCGUAAAUGCCAAGACGGAGAACGCCACGAGUCCCAGUCACCUGAGCCUGUACAAGCAGCUGGUGGAGCUGCGGAAGCAGAAGACCCUGCAGUUGGGCGCCACUCGGUACGGGAACGUGGGCGACAAUGUGGUGGCCAUCAGGAGGUACCUGAGUGGGGAAGCCACCUACGUGCUGGUGGCCAAUGUGCUGGGCACCAGUGUCUCCGGCGUGGAUGUAGCCAGUGCCGUUUAUGCCACUGGCAGCUACAAGAUCAAGCUGGUCAACCCGCAGGCCAAGGCCACAGUUGGUACCAGGGCCUCGCCGGCAGCCAGACUCAAUCCGGUGACCUCGAAGAGCGAGCUGAAAAGAUGUCCGCACAGAAGUCAGCAGAUGGUCAAUAUUGGGACGGGCUCCCUCUUACCCCUCCGAUUUGGCGGACUGCAGGCUGCGGAUGAGGAGCGUCAAUCCGCCGCCAAGGGCAACCAGGUCUUCGAUGCAGUGGAGAACCCGGCGUUGGUGCCACUCGUCCACUGGAAGGGAGUUCGCGAUGGAUCGCGCCUCCUCGCCCUGGUAGGUGACACUGGCUCCCGGGAGGACCAUGACCAACAUGUUCAUGGCAUCCGCAUUGGCCGCUCCAUAUCGGCUGGCCGCCCUUCGCUGAUCGUGGUUGCCAAUCACCCAGUUGGCGGUGCGUCCGGCUGGCAGGUUGUCCAUCCAGUUGUCCACAGCCGUCUUGACCGAUCCCGCCGAGAAGCCAUCGCUGGCCAGGACCGUUAUCAGGUUGAAGUUGAAGGGCAGGUGGGCUCCUGCCACCGAUCGAUUUCCGUAGAACUGCAUUGUGUAGGCGGGCGGAGCAUAGGUCUCAAUCAGGAGGACCCUCGUGUCGCCGCCAUGGAUGCGCUGGUAGUCGUCCAUCACCACACGCCACUGGUACGCCAUGUCGAUGGUCUCCGGCCGGUUCUCGAUGAGAUCGCUUUUCAAGUAGUUGCGAGCGUCGACGUCAUCCGUCAGUCCACUGACUUCCUCGUCGGCAUACUGACCAUCUGCAUCCGGUUCGAUCUCGAAGAGCACGGGCACGGCAUCACAACGGAAGCCUGCGACUCCGAGGUCCAACCAGUAGCGGAGCACUCGCUUCAUCUGCUCCACGACCAGGGGAUUUCGGUAGUUAAGAUCGGCCUGCUGCACUGCGAACUGGUGGAGAGCCCUGAAGUCAUCGAUAGUUCCGUACUCCGGCUGGAUGUCGAAGAAGUCGGAUAUGUCGUAGCCAAAGUCCACCAUGGGCGAAGUGAAAAUGGGCGACAGCCAGGCAGCUGUGACGCCCAGAUCCUUGAGGUACUCCAGUUUGCUGGUGAUGCCAUUCAAAUCGCCGAUACCAUCGCCAUCAGAGUCCAUGAAGGAGCGCGGUUUCGGCCAGGCGAUGCGUAUGCCCCACAUUCGAUUAAGCGGACUUACCUGGCGCAAUCAAAACAUUUCCAUUGUAUGGGCUUAUCUAACCGAUUGAGGGGACAGUCUAUAAAAGAGCGAGUCACUGCCGGCUGCUCACACACAAUGUUUUUUAUUUUGACCAAGGCAAUGGAGCUUCUGUCGCUCCUAACAAUCCUGGUAUUGGCCAUUCGCAAUGCUGAGGGUUGUCAGCUGCAGAGCUCCAGCAGCGAAACCGCCAAGGACUGGUGGCAAACCGCCCAGUUUUAUCAGAUCUACCCCCGCUCGUUCAAGGACUCAGAUGGAGAUGGAAUCGGAGACUUGAAUGGCAUCACCAGCAAACUAGAGUACCUCAAGGAUCUGGGCGUCACAGCCGCCUGGCUGUCGCCCAUUUUCACCUCGCCCAUGGUGGACUUUGGCUACGACAUAUCCGACUUCUUCGACAUUCAGCCGGAGUACGGAACCCUCGAUGACUUCAGGGCUUUGAUAAAGCGGGCCAAGGAGCUGGACCUGAAGAUCAUUCUGGACUUCGUGCCCAACCACUCCAGCAACGAGAGUACGUGGUUCAAGAAGUCGGUGAACCGCGAGAAGGGCUACGAGGACUAUUACGUGUGGCACGACGGAAAGGUGAAUGCGGAGACCGGGGCCAGGGAACCUCCGACCAACUGGCUUCAGUACUUCCGUGGGAGUGCCUGGGAGUGGAACGAGGUACGCCAGCAGUACUACCUUCACCAGUUCGCCGUGCAGCAGCCCGAUCUGAACUACCGCAAUCCCCUGGUGGUUGAUCAGAUGAAGCGGGUGCUCCGUUACUGGCUGAACGAGGGCGUCUCUGGAUUCCGAUGCGAUGCCCUGCCCCCGCUCUUUGAGGUGCUGCCCGAUGCCCAGGGACAGUUUCCUAACGAGGUUGUGAGUGGAGCCACCGACGACACGGAGGAUCGCAACUACUUGACCACCACGUACAUCGAGAACCAGCCGGAGACCAUCGACAUGGUUUACCAGUGGCGCAAAGUUCUUGACGAUCACAAGCGAAUAUACGGGGGCAACUCGAGCGUUCUGCUCAUAGAGACCUACUCCCCCGCCUGGUUCAGCAUGCAGUUCUAUGGAAACAGGACGACCGAGGGAGCCCACCUGCCCUUCAACUUCAACCUGAUCACGGUGAUGGAACAAAAGGGUUUGAGUGCCGGCAACGUGCAGGAGGCGAUUGAUUUGUGGUUGAAGAAUAUGCCUGCGGGUCGCACGGCCAAUUGGGUGCUGGGAAACCACGACAAGCGACGGGCCGCCAGUCGGUAUGGAACUGAGCACAUCGAUGCCAUGAACAUGCUGGUGAUGGUCCUUCCAGGAGCCAGUGUCACCUAUCAAGGAGAGGAGAUCGGCAUGACCGACGGGGAGAUUAGCUGGGAGGACACGGUCGAUCCUUGGGCCUGCAACUCGAACGCGAAUAUCUUCGAGCAGUACACCCGGGAUCCUGAGAGAACCCCUUUCCAGUGGACGGGGGGUACCAACGCCGGGUUCACAAAUGGCUCCACCACCUGGUUGCCACUGGCCGAUGGCUAUGAGACUACAAACGUGGAAACGGAACUGAAUGACGAUCGGUCCCAUUUGAAGAUCUACAAGGCAUUGGUUGCCCUACGGAAGUCAUCCAAGACUCUGCAGAAUGGGUCCACAAAGUAUGAUACAAUUUCGGAGGAUAUUCUCAUUGUUCAAAGAUCCCUGACCAACUCGGCCACCAUUGUGGGUGUUAUUAACUUCGGAACUGUAGCCAAAACCGUGGACUUGAGUCAGUUUGACAAGAAUCGCACCGAAAGCAUGCAGCUCCUCAUUAGAAGUAUUAACUCCACGAAAGUAGAAGGCACUCGGUACGACCCGAAAUCUCUGAGCCUGGACCCCGCGGAAGCCCUAGUUUUAACCACCGAAUAAAACUCAUUAUUUUAAA